AUGGUAAAUGACAGAUGGAAAGCCAUGGGUGGAGCCCCUCAACUUGAAGACGGACAGCAGGAGAAAUCCCAGCGCGUGAGCUGUGGUUACAUCCUGUGCACCGUACUGCUGUCUGUCGCUGUGCUGCUGGCUGUAACAGUCACCGGUGCCAUCCUCUUCAUGAACCACUAUCACACACCAGUAACUGAGCCCCCGCCAGUCAUCAGCACCAACCCUGAUGAAGACAACAGUGCCCUGGUUACCAUUGAGAAGGCGGACAGCUCCCGAAUCAACAUCUUCAUUGACCCACGAUGCCCAGACCACACAGACAACUUUGCCCGCCUAGAGGGUGCCCAGGCCUCUGUGCUUCGGGCCCUCACAGACCGUGAAACUGAGUUCAGGGCUGCUGGUGGUCGAGAACAGGCCUUGCUGGCCACCCUGGCUGACGAGGUCCCCAAACUUCUGGCCCAGGCCACAGAGCUCCAGGAGGACUGUGAGGGCCUCAAGAGGGGUCAUGGCACUCUGGGCCAGGGGCUCAAUGCUCUGCAGAACGAACAGGGCCGACUCAUUCAG